CCGUGCUACCUGAGGGACUGGGAGAUGCAGGUGCACUUCAGGAUCCAUGGGCAGGGCAAGAAGAACCUGAACGGCGACGGCUUCGCCCUCUGGUACACCAAGGACCGAAUGCAGCCAGGGCCUGUCUUUGGGAGCAAGGAUAACUUCCUGGGCCUGGGAGUGUUUGUGGACACGUAUCCCAACGAGGAGAAGCAGCAGGAGGCUCAGAAGAGGAGGUACAGCCCGGGAAACCAGCGUGUCUUCCCCUACAUCUCUGCCAUGGUGAACAACGGGUCCCUCACCUACGACCACGACCGGGACGGGCGCCCCACGGAGCUGGGGGGCUGCACGGCCAUGGUGAGGAACCUCAACCACGACACCUUCCUGGUCAUCCGCUACGUCAAGAGGAGGCUGACGGUGCUGAUCGACAUCGAUGGGAAGCACGAGUGGAGGGACUGCAUCGACGUGCCUGGCGUGCACUUGCCUCGGGGCUACUACUUUGGGACUUCUUCUGUCACUGGAGACCUGUCAGACAACCACGACAUCAUCUCCCUGAAGCUUUACCAGCUGACGGUGGAGCGGACGCCGGAGGAGGAGAGGCGGGACAGGGAGGUUUACCUGCCCGUCGUGGACAACCUGAAGCUCCCGGGCA